AUGUCACUAGUACAUUUACAAAAAAAGGAUUUAGAUCAGCAUAUACAGCAAAAUAUGCAAAUGUACGCGAAUGUUCGCGAAUGUACGUGAACGUACGCGUAUGUACGUGAACGUAUGCGACCGUACGUAGAUGUAGGUAAAUAUAUAUUAUUGAAAAAUCAUACGGUAAACGGUACAUGUAUUAUAAUAUUCACUUAUUAUUACAUUUAAACGGUACAAUUGAAAACUGGCUAACAUUUGAUAUUGAAAAUAAAAAAAGAUUGUUACUGAAAAAAAAAAAAUGUAAUAAUCGUAUUGCGCAGCAAAUUGUUUAUAGACUUAUGGUAUAUCAGCAAUUGCCAUUACUUUAUCAAAAACAUUAUAUUUCAGACAAUACAAGAAAUAUAAGUAACAAUAUAUGUAAUAAUAACGGAUUAAAUAAGUAUGAAAAAAUUGGAAAUCAGGUGAUAUCAGCUUAAUAUUUUUAUUUAAGCUGAUAGUUACAAAUAUACGUUUAUAUGAGAUGUAAUGCUAAUGAUAAUCAGCUGAUUAUCAGGUGGUAAUCAUCAACAAAUUUUUAACCUUUAGUAUAUUUUUUCGAAGUUGUUAUAAAUUAAUAAAAUUAAUCAAAUUUACAUAAUGAGGGCCAAUACGGUUUUUCCAUCCAGGUGAUAACACCAAAACACUGUUAGCUACAAAUUUUUUAUUUUUUAAUAAUUUGAUUUAAACAAAGAAUUUUUUAAAUAUUAUAAGUUUCCUUAACAAAGCAAUGCUCACUAAAUAUGUAAACUAACUUAAGAUAUAAUUAUUAAAUAAAUGAAUAUUUUAUUUAUUUAUUUAUUUAACCUGUACAAUAAUACUACAUGCUUGUCUAUAUAGCUAUAGACAACAGUAGCAUAUCCUAUAGAGGCAAAACAAGUUUACCUGUACAUAGGGCCGGUUUACAAAACUUAAACUUAAAACUUACAUACUAAUACUAAAACCAAACAAUUCAAGAUUUGUUUUUACAAAACUAGUUAAAGGUGUUAAUAUAGCCUUUGUUUCAAAUUACAUUUAUAUUUAAUGAGUUUCUUUAUAAUUAUAAUUGAUAUUUUUAACCCAUAUUUAUUUUCUUUUUAUCGUUUUCUUAUUGUUUGAUAUCACCUUAAGUUCAUUAGGUAGGUCAUUAAAUAGUUUAAUAGCAAUAUGUAACUAUUCUUGUUACUUAUCGCUUUUGUUAUUCUAGGUAACAGAAUGCUCUUAUUUCUAGUAUUGGAUUUACUUGUCUGAUAUAGUGCUUUUAGUUUGGAAUGGUGAUAAUAUAACUCCUCUGUAUAAAUAGAUUGUUCUAUGUUAGGAGGGUAAUUAUUGUUAAGAAAGGUAUUUUUGCUAAUUGUUUUUAUAAGUCUGGUUUACAGCCUCUGGAACAGGUUCAGACAAUUUUCAUACGCAUCUCCUCAUGCAAUAAUUCCAUAAGUUGCUUUACUGUGGAAUAGUGCAUAAUACAGGGUAGUUAGUACGUUAGUGUUCAUGAAAUUAGAAAAUUUGGCAAUUUUUGAUAAAACAUUUAAUAUAAAUAAAAUGUCUCCCGCUAGUCAUUAAAAAUUCCCUUGUGUACUUCUACAUAAAAAAAAAUCAGAAAAUUAAGAAAUAUUACUUUUCUAUACAAUUGUGUACAAACAGUGUACGUUCGCGUUCAUUCGCAUACGUUUGCGUACGUUCACGUACGUUUGCGUACGUUUACGUAUGUUCGCGUACGCUGACGUAAGCUUAUGCACAAGCGAGUAUCUUUUAGAACCGUAAAAUUUUACGUAUAACAAUUGUUUUAUUUUAAUGAGUUUAUUCCAGCAAUUUUGUGUACGGUCACGUACGUUGGCGUACGUUUGCGCACAAUUGCGCGCGUUUGCGUACGAUUACGUAUAAUGCUGUAUUAAAUGUCCGAAUUCCACCCAAAACGUACGCGAAUGUACGUUAACGAACACAAGUCUAUAGUAAUGUACCAAAAUGUAUCACAAUCGUACGUUGAUUUGCGUUAUAAUACUGUUGAAAUUUCCCAUAUGGGUUGGCACAGAAAUUUUAAAAUCAAGAUCUUGUGAUAUAUACAAAUUGCUUUUUAUUAUUUUAGUUAAUGAUAUUAAUUGUUAAUGUGGGCCAGAUUUUAAAUACCUUUCGAUGAUUGACAAAAUGUGGAAGCGCGCACCAACUCUUUCUAGUCACGAGAUAAAAUUUAUUGUGAUAUACAAUACUUUUUAGCUAUAAAUAAUAACUAGAUAAAUGCAUAUAUCACUUCUUUAUUUUACCUGUCAUCAUCCUUUUGUAUCUUAUGAUUUUUAAAUAUAUUUCUUUAAGUUAUGUUGCAAGAUACAUGAAUAUAAAAUUUAUUUUUGAUAUAAUUUGUAACUUGGGUUUUUCGUGCAACCCAGUUACUAUGUAAUUUCUCGCCCGGUACUUAGACAAUAACCCGGUGGCGCCAAACGCUCUCCGCGAGCGUCGGAGUCUCGCAACUCUGUUUCCCAGUGCGAGGUUUUGCACAGUGUUUUGCUCGGCUAGCUGCAGCCCCGAGGUCGGUAAGGAGAAAGGGUGGUUUGGGAGAAUCAAAACACGUGGGUAAUCAGACAGAACUUUAUAUUCGAGUUAAACUUUUACAAUUCUGAACCGAGAUCCGCACAAAUUAUUAAGAUAGCCUAUAAACAUAGACAAACAUAACAAACAAAUAUCCGUACAUGAAAGAUACCCCGCGUGACUCGCACGCGUCUCAAGGCUCGAGGAACAACCAGUUAACACACUUGAUAAAACGCUUCGUUACACACUCACUCUUACAUUUUUGUCAAACGCGAAUCCCGCAAACGUAACCAGUACACACUUGAGAUAGCCUAAACCGUUCGCGAGACCAAAACGUGGAACUGCUGUUUACCCGCGAGACGAAUUGACCGGAGAAAAGGAAACGACUUACUGACCUUACAAAGGAAUCCUCCAGAGCAAGGUUGAGCCGAAGGUUGUUACCGGGGCGAAGCUGGAAUACCGGGAGCACGUCCGUUCAAGAGCAGUCGGGGCAGGCGAACGCCGGCUCGAGCGCUCGCAGCUCGCAUCCACCACUCUGGGGUUCGAUCGAACCUUUCGAGAUAUCGCGAAAAUCAAUAAUUUUUCGCUAAUAGUGUGGAAGGCACCUUUAGGAAAGAUGGCCACCACCAAAUGGAGAGCAGCCUUAAUGUUUUCAUGUUUUUCAAGUUAUUCUUAUGAGCGUGAAAUUCAAAUUUAUAUAAUGUAAAAUUUGAAUUACAAACAUUUAUUUAUAAUGAAAAAAUGUGCAAUUACAACUUUAUUACUCAAGACAGCAAAGUAUAGUUUAAGCAAUAUAGUUUUUUAUUGAACACUUAAUUAACCAGAGAAAUCAAACUUGUUAAAAUAUAUAAACUCAAAUAUUAAAAUACUUUUUAGAAUUAAACCAUCGAAAAUUAAUUCUUGGACCUCCAAAACUUUAAUUUUUCUUCAUAAUAUUUUUCCUUUGGGCACAAUGUCUUCGAAGAAUCUCACACUUUGUUGCUUGCACCUCCUUUAAUUGGUAUACUGUCGCGACAAGUUUGUUGAUGGAGUAGUCAAUACUUCUUGUUUCUUAACAUCUCGAGAAGCUAAAACAAAAGAGAUUUUGAAGUUAAUGGAAUGAAUUAGAAUUAUGAUAAUAAAAAAAGUAAACUGGCAGUUGCAAAGCUGAUUGUCGAACAUAGAUUAAUCUCACCUUUAGCAUUAUUUCGCCAAGAACUAGCAUAAUUGCUGUAUAUUUUGCUGUAAUCCAAAGAUGUCAGAAGCUUGUUCUCCUUUGUCUCUUCCAUUUCAGACUUGCAGUUAACAGGCGAUGAUUCAGAAUCCUUUAGAAGCUUGAUUACUCUGGAGCUGCUUCUUGUGGUAUACUUAGUUGGAGAUGCAGAAAUUUGAUAUGGUUUGCUGUGAUGAGCUGCAGGCUGAAAAGCUUGUUCCGUAGAUGUACCAACAUAUACUGAGUGAUGGAGAGCUCGUCUGGUAGAGCUACUGAUCUCUUUCUUGCCUGGAGUCACUGCAGUUGCACCUGUUGAUCCACAGACAGAUUCUGAUUCACAAGAAGUUGAAGUUGCAGACCUCGAUACGGGUAUUCUUUUUACAGGAUUAAUCACAAGUGAUUUGCUUUGAUGAGACGUAGGCUGAGAUACUUGUGCUGCAGAUGCACCAACAUAUGCUGAGUGAUGGAGAGCUCGUCUGGUAGAGCUGUUGUUCACUGUGUUGUCUGAAGUCGCUGCAGCUUCAAUUUUUGAUCCUCUGACAGAUUUCUGGAGAGCUAGAGUUGCAGUUGCACUGUACGAUGCACUGUUAGCUGGAGUCACUGCAGAUUCACUAUUGCAUGUAGUGGCGGAUGCUGCAUGAGUGACAGAUGUAGUGGACGAUGCAUUCUUCAUUUUUCUUUUAUUAUCAGCAGUCAGUGGAGAUGCUCUUGACGAGGUAGUCAAUGAAAGUGGAAGCUCGUAGACAAUACUAUUCUUUUUGGGCUUUCCUAAAACAAAAUAAUUUAAAAUGAAUAACAUAUUUUUUAUACAUGAAUAUGCAAAUAAUAAUAAAUUGUGUUUUUCUACUUACGUUUCCCAUUUGAUGAUCUGAUGCCAACUUGUAGGAGAAUUUCCAAUCCAUUUUUAUGUGUUGUUUCCACUAUUCUUAGUAUUUUUUCCAUUUGAGGAUUUUCAAUAAACUGGAUAUCUGUGCAAUUUCCGGUUAGCCUUCCUGCUCUAACCUUUUCAGCAUUGUAUUCCUUCGCCUUGAUUCCUUGUCUGGACCAAAUCUGCAAUUCAAACAUUAAAUUAGAAAUUGGAAAGAAGUGAGAUUUUUUUGUUUGGAUACAUGUGCUAAAAUAUAAGUGUGAAAGUCUACUUACGGCUUACAAUUGCUUAACAUCUUUUGCUGGACCACACGAGCUGACGAGGCUUGCCAAUCGCUGCAACUGCGCCUUUUUGGUCUCCUUCCCAUUCGCUCCAAGCAGCUUAUUAGCUGCAAAUGCGCUGUGCUGCUCCAUGUAGUAGAGCAUUAUGUUUAGUUGCUCUGGUGUAAUUUUGACACUUCCCUCCGCUUGACUUCCCUCUGCUUGACUUCUGUAUAAAAAAAACAAAUUAGAUUAAAUGAUAUUUUAUGUCGCUAAAACAAACCAUGCAAAAUCUACUAAGCAUAGAUUAGUAGAUUCUGAGGUUACAAUGAUAUAAAAACUAAUUUUAAUUUGUUAAUAAAAUAGAAUUAUCUCUAAGGAACUGCUAUUGUUAAAAAGAGAAAACAAGGAGAGAGUUGAGGUUAGUUUCACCAAAGCUUAUCUUUUCGAAAAAGCGGAGCUAUGAAUAUAACAUUUAAACAAAUUGAACUUACUCUACGUUCAUUUCCUCACUAUUCAUGUUCUACCUUGUACUUGAUGAUAAAAUCCUCCAAUGAACUCCAAAAUGCUCCAACGAAAGCUCCGAAACGAAUGACCGAAACGAAUGUCUCCUUCGUCGUGGAUGCACAAUAUAGCGGACAAAUGCUCUUCUUACCCUCACAAACACUGUACGUUGAUCGUCUUUUUCUCCUCCUCUCGCACCCGCGCUUUCAGAGGAUUCCAACAUUCUUUGUUUUUCCUCCGAACGAAAUUUUUUCUCGGCUACGGAUCAUCGCGCGCUUGUCGUCCGCUACUCUUAUGUUUACGAUGAUUCUCUGUUUCUCUCACUCCCUCCCUCUUUCUCUCUCUCUCUCUUUCCCUCGCGAUAGUCUCUACCUAACCUUCUUUACGCAUUUCGAAGUCAGUAAUAGCGGUAUGCGUAUAAGUAUAGACGGUCUUACUUGUAUACCUUUGCGACCGAACGUUCUUCAACUUGCUCUCUCACACUCUUUCUCUGUGUACAGUGUAUAUAGUCAAGAAAGUGACCGGUGAGAGAGUUAAAUGUGCGGGAGCAAAUUCGCAGUGCCAAGCAAAAUUUCUCUUCUCCUUUCCUUUUCGGGUGAGCCAAGGGAGAACUGAAUUGCGAGGAAACGAAAGACGAAAGCAGAGCCGAAAUAUCCCAGCAACUGCGUUUGCAUCAAGUGUUUUGAAGCCAGUUUUUUGGAGCCAGUAUACUUAACCUAGAAUCUAUAUUGUGGAGGAAAAGUCCAAAAAAUCUCAAGGUAGGUGGCAUAUCAAAUUUGUCAUAAUUCUUACAGAACACGUUUAUAGUUUCUUGAGGAUUGCUUUUUUCAUCCGGAUUUGUUUAUAAAGAAAUGCAGUACAUUUUAUAGUGCCACACAGAAGACAAGGAAAUAUUAAUUGAUGAAUUGUAAUAUUUCAGCACAAAAUGUUUGCAUUAGCUGCUCUUUUAUUUGAUGAUGACGAGGAAGAUGAGCAGAAGGAAUUUCGAAGAAUGCACAUGGACUGGAAACGUGCUAUCAGAGAUAUGAGUGAUCCUUUUACAAUGGGAGAUAAUAUCUUUAAAAAACAUUAUAGGAUGACUUGCAAUCGCUAUACACCUGAUUGACUUGCUUAGACCUCAGCUGGUAGAGCACGAGCAAGGAAUUCCUGUACACCUGCAAGUACUGGCAGUUCUCCGAUUCCUUGCAGAAGGGUCAUAUCAAAAAGGUGUAGCGCACGACUGCUACCACUCCAUGAGCCAAAGCACUUUUAGCAAAUAUCUACAUGAAGUGAUUCCAGCAAUAGUAAGCCUAGCUGAUGAAUACAUCGUCUUUCCCAGAAAUAUGAUAGAACGCCAAGAAAUGUCAAGAAGAUUUGAAGCGUCAAUUGGGUUCCCUGGCGUCAUUGGUGCUAUCGACUGCACACUUCCAAGGAUUCACACACCACAUGAGCACGAGGAGGCCUAUGUUAACCACAACCAGGACCAUUCAUUGAAUGUACAAGUGGUGUCUGAUAUGGAUUAUGAUAUAAUGAAUAUCAGAAUUAUUAAUGGGUCCAGCAACGACAGAUUUGUAUGGCGUCAUAGCCAAAUGAGGGAGACUAUGUACAAUCUGCGAAAUAAUCCUGAUCCCGAAGAGAUGAACCAAGAAUACUACUUGAUUGGAGAUGGAGGCUACACUUCAUCACCCGUGCUCUUGAAACCUUCUCAGGAAGCUGCUCCGGGCUCUCCAGAGUUUCGCUAUUCAUACAGAGUACGUAAAACCAGAUGUAGGAUUGAGCAGACCUUCGGCAUUUGGAAACAGGUAUUCAGAUGCAUCAAUGGAGAUCGUAGUCUCCAUUAUACACCAGAAUUUUCUUCACAAAUAGUAUUGGCUAGUGCUGUCUUAUAUAACUACUUAAGACACCAAGGGAUGCCCAUGCCAGUACCUUUAAGAAAUAAUCAAGCAAGAGAAUUUCCAGUGGGGGAUUUUGUGGAUGAUGAUUACAUCCAAGGGUUACACGUACGCAGAAAUAUCAUCAUGAAUUAUUUUACUUAAAGAAAUAGAAAAAUUUGAUAAUUAUUUUAGUUUUCCGAUGGUUUAAUUCUAAAAAGUAUUCUAAUAUUUGAGUUUAUAUAUUUUAACAAGUUUGAUUUCUCUGGUUAAUCAGAUUCAAGUAUUUAAUUGUUAAUA